AUGGGGUUCGAAGACAAACGAGUUGUAAUUGUCGGCGGCGGCCUAGGAGGCAUGGCCUUUCUCAAUGCCGCACUGUACGCAGGCUUGAAGAACGUGCAACUGUACGAACAAGCCGCAAACUUCGGUGAAGUCGGUGCCGGUGUGAACAUCACCUCGAACGCAAACCGCAUCCUGGACGCAUUCGGUCUGCAAGAGAGCAUGAAGCGCAAGUCAUCUGGCAAGCUGCCCUGCUAUAUGGAAUACCACGACUACAAGACCGGAGACUAUCUUGGCCACAUUGGUGAAUUCUCACAGCCCCACGCGCGCCUCCUGCACCGCGCCCACCUACUGGACUCGCUGAAGGAGCGCGUGCCGGAGUCAAGCCUGAACUUAGGCAAGCACCUGGCAUCCAUCGACCGCAACACUGCCGCUGGUGCUGCACCGUACACCCUUCGUUUCCAGGAUGGCAGUACCGCCGAGGCAGAUAUUGUAGUCGGCUGUGAUGGUAUCAAGUCGAAUGUGCGCAGGGAUAUGGGCCUGGGAGACGACCCCAACUACUCUGGCCAGGUUGUGUACCGUGGAUUCGUCGAUUACAAGGACCUACCCACUGAGACGGCGGCGCUUCUGCGCAAGACUGUGAACUUCCGUGGACCCAAGCGCCAUCUCCUGAUCUUGCCUAUUGGUAACCAGGAGACGGGGACCGACCGUGCUGGCGUGAUUGGUUUUAUGUCUGAGUCGUUGGAGGCAUGGGACUCUGAGAGCUGGAUGUCGCGCUCGGAUAUUGAUAGCCUCCAGGAGCACGUCCGUGACUGGUGUCCGGAGGUGCAGCAUAUCGUUGCGGGCCUGCGCAAGAGCUCCGAGGACGGCAAAAUGCUCAAACAGGCGCUGUAUGUGCGUGACCCUAUCGCCAAGUGGUAUGAGACGAAGAGUGGACAGAAGGAUGCUGGCAUCAUUCUGCUUGGUGACUCGGCCCACUCGACUCUUCCUCAUCAAGGCCAGGGAACAUGCAUGGCAAUUGAAUCCGGCAUUGCCCUCGCAACAGUCCUUAGACACUGGAAGACAGAUGACCUGGAGACUGCAUUCAAGUUCUACCAGGACCUACGCAAGCCCCGGACAGACCGGAUCACAAGGACCAGCUACGAAGCCGGCAAGCUGGCUAGCUCAGACUCUCCCGGCCAGAUGUCCGACAAGUUCAACCCGGAUGCAUUGAGGGAGCGUAUGAGGUGGAUUAUGGAGUAUAAUGUUCUAGAAGACUUGAAGACCAAGGGCCAGGGAUAUUUGGACUUUCAAGGUUCACGCCUAUAA